AGUUAUCCUUGACCUUUCCGUCAUCAACCAUUGCCCUAUAAAUACAUCAUUGAAUCCCAUCCUUUUUCAUUCCAUCCCUUUUCAUUCCAUUUCUCUGUGAUCUCUAACUUAACUUAAACCUACUUACCAGUUCAUAUUGGGUGUGAAGUUAUGGAAAAGAAAAAUGCAGAUAGCAGUUCAUCCUCAGAAAGCAUCAUACGUAACAAAGGAGUUAAACAUUUAUGUGAGACUGGAAUCGCUAACGUUCCUAAAAGAUACAUAUUUCCUCCCCCUGAAAGAAACAAUGAAGAAGAUCAAGCAGGAUUAUCUGGUUUAAACCUUAAACUGCCUAUCAUUGAUUUUUCUGAAUUACAAGGUCCUAAUCGGCUCCAAGUUCUUGACUCUCUUGCCAAAGCUUGUGAGGAUUAUGGGUUUUUUCAGUUUAUAAACCAUGGCAUAUCUAGUGAUAUUAUUGGAAAUAUGAUCUAUGUGAGUCGACGAUUUUUCCAACAGCCUAUGGAAGAGAGAUCAAAGUUCAUGAUGACUGAUGUUCGAGCACCAGUUCGUUAUGGAACUAGUUUUAAUCAAAGUACAGAUAGUAUUUUUUGUUGGAGAGAUUUCUUAAAACUUGUUUGUCAUUCCAUUGAAGAUUCUCUUCCUCAUUGGCCUACUUCUCCUUCGGAUUUCAGGGAUUCCAUAUGUGAGUAUGCCAAAGAGAACAAGUUCUUGUUUCUCAAGAUCAUGGAAGCCAUUACAGAGAGCCUAGGAAUAGUUCCUAAGACCAAGAGGAAUGACAACGAUGAUAUAGUUAACGAUUUUGUUACAAAAGAAUUUGAAAACGGAAGCCAUGUUAUGGUUAUCAAUUAUUACCCAUCUUGUCCUCAACCGGAGCUAACACUGGGUAUGCCACCACAUUCAGAUUUCGGGUUUCUAACUCUUCUCCUUCAAGAUGAAGUUGAAGGACUACAAAUACAACAUGAUGGACAAUGGGUAACCGUAGAACCAAUUCCUAAUUCUUUCGUUGUCAAUGUUGGUGAUCAUCUUGAGAUAUUCAGCAAUGGAAGGUACAAGAGUGUAUUGCACAGGGCAAUAGUGAAUUCAAACAAGUCAAGAACAUCAGUAGCUUCACUGCAUAGUAUGCCAUUCAUAAAUAUGGUGAGACCAUCACCAGAACUUAUCAAUGAAAAGAAUCCAAGGCGCUAUUUGGACACAGAUUUUGCUACCUUUCUUGAUUUUCUCUCUUCUUCUGAACUGAAAGAGAAAAACUUUCUUGAUUCAAGAAAGUGUUGACCUUUUUUUAUUUUAUUUUAAUGUCGAGUUAUAAGCUUAUAAUUCAGGUAUAGUAAGUACUUUAUGGUGUUUGUACUACUCAAUUCAAUAUUGUUGUCAUCACUGGUGAAUCAUCAAUGUGACAUUAGAACUUUCUAUUAGAGGGUGCUGUGGGGUUAUUAUAAUGCAAGGUACUGUCUUUUCUCAUGUAGGUAAAAGAUCUAAUAUCAUUUUUGCUUUUACAUUGUCAGAAGUAACAAAAAUCAAUAGUUAAUUCGGGUAUACAAUUUCGGAUUGA